AUGAGGCCGGAGAGAGUUGGAGGUGUGGCGCCGACGGUGCUAAUGGCUGGUGGCGGCGGCGCGCGGCCGAGCCUGUGGAGGACGCCGACGCCGUACCUCUUCCUGGGGUUCGCGGUGAUGAUGGGCCUCAUCGUGGUGGCGCUGCUAGUGCUCAUCUGCACGCGCCGCAUGGCGGCGUCGUCGUCGGCCGACGACGAGAAGGCGGCGUCGGUGCGCGGGGUGCUGGUGCCGCUGGACCGGGAGCCCAGGGUCGUGGUGAUCAUGGCCGGCGACGCCCUGCCGUCCUUCAUCGCCGUCGCCAGCGCCAUGAAGCCGCUCGCCUUCGCCGCACCGGCCGGGGCCGAGGCCGUGUAG